CCGAGCGAUUCAGACGCCAUUAUGGUGGUGACAAGUGGGACAGGGAGUCGUCUGCUUCGCGUUUAGAGUAGCUUGAGAUCCUGAAAUUGACAGAUGUCAGACGAGUGAGCUGCAGAACGAACGCUCUGGCUAUGGGCAGCGACAGUGAAGCGCGAAACAAAAUUUUGGAAAGACACGUGACGACAAUCAAUCUGUCUUUCCAAUUGGGGAUAACCUCCGCACUGCCGUCUGACGGCAAAGCAGUCAAACUAGUCCUUGACUCCAUUCACCCUUGACCUUGUGUUCGAGGACGCGCAUUCCAUUGGCCUCACUUCUUUCUUGCUUCCUUCUCUUGUGAAUUUCGCUCUGCAGCUCUCUCCUCGCAUUUGUGUCCGAAUAUGGCCGCCCAAUCCAAUUACAUCCAGCUGGAGAAACUCGGCAAGCUCUUCCAUUCUCUCUUAAAGACGCGAUCUCAUUGGGUCCCGAUCAGGCGAGGGGACUUACGCCACUGUCUAUAAGGGCCGUUCAAGAACGACGAACGAAAUCGUCGCCCUCAAAGAGAUCAAUCUUGAUGCCGAGGAGGGAACGCCCUCGACUGCUAUCAGGGAGAUCUCGCUCAUGAAGGAACUCAAGCACGUCAAUAUCGUCCGCCUCCACGAUGUCAUCCAUACCGAGACCAAGCUCGUUCUCAUCUUCGAAUACUGUCAGCAAGACCUCAAGAGGUACAUGGAUCAGCAGGGUGACCGUGGAGCAUUGGACGCGCCGACCGUUCGAAGUUUCAUGUUCCAGUUGCUCAAGGGCACUGCCUUCUGCCACGAGAAUCAAGUUCUUCACCGCGAUCUGAAGCCGCAGAACUUGCUCAUCAACCACAAGGGCGAGCUUAAAGUAGGAGAUUUCGGACUCGCUCGGGCGUUCGGUGUACCCGUAAACACGUUUUCGAAUGAGGUCGUUACGCUGUGGUAUCGCGCCCCGGACGUCCUAUUGGGUUCGCGAACGUACAGCACUUCGAUUGACGUGUGGUCCUGUGGAUGUAUAUUCGCAGAAAUGAUAUCGGGCGUGCCUCUUUUCCGAGGCAAAGACACUGGAGACCAGCUUCUUCAUAUCAUGCGGAUAUUAGGAACUCCAAACGAGGCACAACUAGCGAAGAUGGUCAAAGAUUCGCCUGAGAUCACCAUCAAGCCUUUCCCUCGAUAUCCCAAGAUAGACUUGAAGCAAGUUCUUCCCAAAGCCUCAGGUGCAGCUAUCGAUCUGCUUGAACGACUUCUGAAAUUCGAUCCUGCUGAGCGCAUCUCCGCGGCGGAUGCACUCUCUCAUCCCUACUUCACAGAGACUGUGAAUGACAACCCAUACGGGAAUCUGCCUCCUGGGUCUAUGCCGCCUCCGAACUUCAACUUCCCCCACCCGGCUCGACGCCCCCAGGCUGCGCAAGCUUAUCCCCUGCAGUAUCCAGCGCACAUGCAUCCCCAGAUGGCCCAACAGGCUAUGCAACAACAGCAGAAUAUGUACAAUGGCGUGCAGUACCCUCAUCAAUAUGGUCGGUAGUCUCGAAGGCGCGCGUUGUGAAUUAGUGUAAACUGUAUGAUUUAGAUUUCAAGUCCCUCCAUCGGUUGCUGCCCAAUUCUAAAAUAUGUUGUCACUACUUUUACCAACCGAGUACUUGUGCGCUGGCUGGCGAAACUGUGACUUCCCAAUCCAAGGACAAAUUGAUUUUGCUCUGAGCAGGCACUGAACAGAUCCAGUUCAGCUUGCGAUCUAGCCCUAAAGUUUCGAUGUCGCAGUUGGGCUCGUCAACACCGUGCCAUUGAGCCACGACAUUCUUGGAAACCGACAGGGCUUGCGGUUGGGUCGCUUUGGUUGUGUUCUUCGCAUCGUUGGCGAGCGUCAAGGCGGGAUUGACGAGUUUGACCUCGAUCUGCGAAUCCUGGGACGCCGGGAUCUGGUCGAUGAUCUUCAGCCGUCCGAUGGCCACCGACUUGGUGUUGUGGAUGGUGAUGCGCUGGGAGAAUACGUGGGUGGCACUCUUGGUGUAGAAGCCGGACUGGGACUGGGUUUUCAGGACGGGGUAGUAUGUGAUCCGGAUAGAGGGGUCCAAU